AUGAGCGAUAACUGUUCAUUCUAGCCAACGUUGCGCACCUCGUUUUAUUUUACUAGAAGUGCUUGAUAUAUGUACGGUGAUUUUUCGCUUGGUUUGCCAAAGUUGCUUGGUCUUUGGCCUGUGACGGUUUUCUAUUUGUUCUCUCCCUGAGCGGGAUCACAGAGGGCUGGACUGGUAGUCUGGUAUACCGGGCAUUUACCUGGUGGGCCAACGCACUUUGGGGGCCGAUUAGGGGCCGACUGGCCAUCGGGAGAACCGAGCAGGCUGGUGGGUCGGUCGCGAAACGUGCCGAAUGGGCCGCGAUAAGCUAAAAUGAGCCACCAAAUGAAGAAAAGGACAACGAACACCAAAGAUGAACAGAGAUGUAUAAUGGUAUCGGGCUGACCACGCCGCGAGGCAGUGGCACUAAUGGCUACGUUCAACGGAACCUGUCCAGCGUACGUGUGAAGAGGAACAGAGAUGAGCGUGGUGGAGAGAGGGAUGAGAAGGAUAGGGAGAAGCUGGAGAGCCAGCUGAACAGACAACCUAACGCUGAUAUCCUGGAGCACCAGAGGAAGAGGCAGCUGGAGGUCAAAUGUGCUGAGCUGCAGGACAUGAUGGAGGAGCAGGGGUACUCAGCAGAGGAGAUUGAGGAGAAGGUCAACACCUUUCGUAUGAUGUUGCAAGAGAAACAAGAACCUCCUCCACCUCCAACAGAGAGGCCAGCUGUGACCGAGACUCAUGCUCUGGCAGCUGCUAACCAGCAAAAGAAUGACCGUCUGAGAGAGGCAUUUGGUAUUAGCUCUGAUUAUGUUGAUGGCUCGUCCUUUCAUGCUGACCGCAAGGAGCGAGAGAAAGAAAAGAGGGAGCAGGAGAGACUGGAAAGAGAAAAGCAACAGCAGCAGAAGUACCAGAUCAUUGAGUCUGAAGCCUCUGAUUCAUCUCCUGAUCGAAAAAAGAGUCGGAAGAAGAAAAGAAAGAAAAAUAAAAGUAGAGAGAGCUCUGAGAGCCCCUCACCCUCCCCUAAACGAGAGAAGAAAAAGAACAAGAAGAUGAAAAAGAAAAGGGAGGGGUCAGUGAAGAGUGACACUGAGAGCAGUUCAUCAGACAAAGACACAUCCAGGAGAAAGAGGAAAAGAAGUGAAAAUUUGACUCCACCUCCCAAUAAGAGCCGCAAGCAGCAGAGUACAUCCUCCAGCCCAGCACGCAGCCAAUCACCUCUGAGAGGGAAACAGCUGAAUAAAUCUGACUCGCUUGCAGAGGAGCAGAGGAAAGGAAGAUCUCCUGAUAGGAGGCGGCGUGGCCGCAAUGAGGAAAGCCCAAAGAGGAUGGAAAUCGGAGAGAGGUCACCAAGACGCUCAAGAUCCCGUGAGCACAACAGAAGAGACAAAGACCAAGAACGUGAGAGACAAGGACAAGAAAACUCUCUGAGAAGACGACACAAUUCCUCACCAUCUCCUCCACAAAAGCAACAGAUGAACAGACGAAAACAGACUGAAGAGAGGGAGAGGGACAAAGAGAGAGAGAAAUCCCCUCAAAGAAGAAGACAUAAUUCCUCAUCUCCAUCUCCACCACGGAAGCAGCAGAGAGACAGGCGACAACUGAGUGAAGAGAGAGUGAAACCCUCUCAAAGGAGAAAACAUAAUUCCUCAUCUCGUUCUCCAUCUCCUAAGCAGCAGAAAGAUGGGAGGCAGCGGAGCAUAGACAAGAACCGAGGGGAUGACGGCAAAAAGGACAAAGGUCCAAAAAGACAUGACUCUUCCGCAUCUCUGUCUCCCUCUCCAUGUAAAGACAGAAUGAGAAGGGGACACAGCGUACAGAAAGAGAGGGCAGCAUCCCCAAGAGCUCCUUCAGACCGGGAAAAGGAAAGACUUGUAGACAGAGUUAGAGACAGACAGAGGAAUAGCGAUAGAGACAUGGUCCCUUCUUGUAGAGAUGAUGUUCGAGGAUGGGAAAGUGAUAAAGGAAAGGAGAGAGAGAGAAUUCAGUCUAGUGACAUCUCUCUGGCCAAGCACUCACCUUACUCUAACGGAAGACAAAAAGAAAGAGAUCACAAACAGGAGAAGGAAAGAGAAGAAAAGGAGAGGAGAAAGGAAGAGGAGUUGAAGGAAGAAGCUAGGAGACAACAGGAGAGGAGAAAAGGCAGAGAGAGUGACAGAGAAAAGGAUAGAAACCGUCAUGGUGACCCCAGGAGUGAGGAGAUGUCCAGGUCAGACCAGCAGUCGUCUGUUAGCAGUCAGCUGGGAGACAGACGAGGUGCCAGAGGAAGUGAGACAGAGCGGGACAUGCUGAAAAGAAAAGACAGGAGAAUGGAGGAGGACAAGAGGCCAGAAAGAACCAAGGAUAGGAGUCCUCAGGCCAUGGACAAAGACCAAAAGGAGAAAAAAAUGGAAAAGGAAAAGCUGGGGAAGAAAGACAAAGCCAAAUCUGCUAGCAGCAGUAGUAGUAGUAGUAGUAGCAGCAGCAGCAGCAGUAGUAGUAGCAGCAGCGAGAGUGACAGUGACAGCUCCUCCUCUUCAUCAUCUUCCUCUUCCUCUUCGUCAUCUUCCUCUGACGAUGUGAAGAAACUGAAAAGUUCAAAACAGAAUAGCAGCGUUGGUAAAUCAGUGCCUCAUGCUGUCAUUGCUCGGGCCAUUGCUCGCCGAGAGACUGAGAACAGGGGAAGGGAUGGAGAAAGUGAAGGUAGAAAGCCCCAAAGACCAAGCUCACCUCCUGAACCCCAGAGAAAAGAUGAAGACAUGGAUGGGAGAAAAGGGGACAUGGAGAAAAGGUCUGUCCACUCCUCACCGCCCUCCAUCGGAACUCAAAAGAACAGUAAUUCUGAGAAAGACAGGGAUCGGGGAAAAGAGAGGUACACACCCACCGAAAGUUCUAGCCCACCUCCUUCUCCCCCUCAGAGAGGCAGAGAGAGAGCAACCCAGGGUGGGGGCAGGAACAUGCCUUCAGAAGAGACAAAAUCUCAGAGUAGAGAACCCGAGAGGCCCAGAGAUAGAGGGAGAGAGCAAUACACACCUUCAGAGCUUGAACGAGAAUCAUCACGCUGCUCGUCUAGCAGAGGAAGGGAUCGAGAGAGUGACAGAAAGAAGGAUGCUUCACCUUUGUCUCCGAAGGGAAAAGGAAGGGAUGAAGGCUCACGGGUUAAGCAAACAGCAUCUCGACCUUCACCAAAACGCACUCCUCCACGACAGUACCAGGAUCCGCCACGAUCAAGCUCCCCCAGCCCGAGACGAGGGGCGAGGAGACCCUCACCACUACGCAACUCAUCCCCUUACCGACGGGAUCGCAGUCGGGAGCGGUUUAGAGAAAGAGAGAGGGACAGACUUCGAGCAAGGCCAGGAGAAAGAGAGCGUUCCAGAGAGAGGAGAACAAGGAGCAGCAGAUCAAGGAGUCCUCGUAGACAAAGUCCUCCCUAUAGGUUUCGACGUUCACCCUCACCGAUACGUCGACGCAGAAGUAGUCGAUCACUAUCGAGGGAAAGGGAGAGGGAGCAGGAGAGGAGGAGGAAUCGAGAGCGAGAGAGGCAGCAUGAACAUGACAAAGAAAGAAAGCGAGAACAAAGAACAAGGGCACCACCCAAAGAUCCCACUCCACAUCGCUCUUCGUCCUCUUCCUCUAGUUCCUCCUCUUCAUCCUCACCUUCUCCUCAAAGAGUGAAGGGGGUGAAGUCUACAGAUGCAGAUAAAGACAGAACAAAGCAAUUAGAAAGGAGCUCCAAACAGCCGUCUCCUUCCCCUCCUCAACCGACUCCUCGUCUCCUUUCCAACCAGUCAGUUCAUCGCUCUCAUUCCCGUGAACUUCCUGCUCGUUCUAGAUCACCAACCACCAACCAAUCACAAAGCAGGGAUCCACCAGGUGACCAGUUAAGAGGGCAGUCUCCAUCACUAACACAAAUAAAUGAGCCUUUUGUAAGAGGAAAGACUGCAGUGAAUGGGAAACCAGAGAAGGAGAGCUCUGUGCAACAGCAGAAGAGCAGAAGCAGCUCAAAGACUUCCUCAUCCUCCUCAUCAUCCUCCUCCUCCUCCUCCUCAUCAUCAUCAUCAUCAUCCUCCUCUUCAUCAGAGAGCUCUGACUCCGAAGCAGAGAAAGGGAAAGGGGGUGAUAAAGCAGGUACAAAUAGAGAUUCUGGUAAGACAAUGAAAAGCAAAGCUGCUUCAUCAUCAUCCUCAUCAGAAAGUGAGCCAGAAGAAAAGAAAAGUCCGCAGCGCCCCAAGAGAGUGCCAGCAGACUCGCUGAGAGACUCCAGGUCACUUAGUUACUCCCCUCCAGCGAGACAACGAAGACUUGCACCCACUCAACGUGCAAGCAGGAAGUCGAGAAGCAGAUCUCCGGACAGUCAAUGGAGGAAAUAAAUGCAUAACGGUUCACCUUUUUAUUUUCUGGACUCUUAUCUGGCCCUCACUGGAUUUUAUCAUCUCCGUAUCACAUGGAUGUGACUGCAUUAGGAGAGGGUGAAAAAAAUGUGACUAGUUGCAAUGGUGACCCAUUCGCCAUUAGUAGAAUAUCUUUCAAAACCUUCUAUGAGUUCUAUAACUCAUCCUAAAGGGGAGGAUUUCUUUUUACUUUAAUUAUGGUGUAAUUUAAUGUUCAAGAAGAGGCAAGGUGAGACACUGAAAUUCUCCAUAGCUCUGUGCCAACAGAUGCUGGAUGCUAUUUGUAUACACACACACACAUAAACACAAAUAUGUCUAAUGCUCUUCUGUUUGCUACAUUGUUCUGAAUGUAGAUGAACGUGUAAUUUUGUGAUCGGGAAUGGGUGUGUUCUGUUCCUAAUGUAUGUGGACACCAUCUUAUCCUUUUUGUUUCUUUGUGGAAUAAACAAUUAUGAAUAAUACUAUGGCAUUAGAAGUAUCUUGUCUAAAAUUUGUCAUGCUGUUAAUAUGCCUCUAGUACACUGACAGAU